AGAAUACGCCUCAUCCCCUCCGUCGGAUAAAUCACAGUGGAGCGAAUUGGCGAGAUUAACCCAAAUAGCCUUCGUUGGUCGGAGGAAAACGCUCCGUGUCCGUCGAGCGUAAUAUGCGCUAAGGCGCCAGACAGGCGGCGCCAUGGACUUCUACAUCAACCUGAAGGUGAAUUUCAGAGGAAAUUCAAAAAAUUUCCUCCUGUCGGGAUCAGAGACCAAGAGCUGGGAGUCGAUGGAGGCCAUGGUGAAGCGUUCGUUUGGCCUGUGCAGUCUUCAACUGACCUAUUUCGACGAGGAGAACGAAGAGGUGUCCAUUAACAGCCAAGUGGACUAUGAGGAGGCAUUGAAGAGUGCAGCAAGGCAGGGGAACCGACUCCACAUGAAUGUGUACGAGACUCGGGGCCAGCCGGCGAGGGUCCCCACCACCAAGGGCAGUGGAACGGAGCCCAAGAGGGGCUUCAGACCCCCACAGCACUGCCCCGCUCUGGCCCAGGUGGUCAGCCGCAAAGUCCAGGCUGCAGUCCCAGAACAGGGCAUGGUGAUCCUGAAAGACAUGAAGGGGACCAAAGAAGAAGACAAGACUCCUCCAGCCUGGUUCACCUCUUAUAUGGAGAAGUUUAAGGACCAGGUGGUUCGAGAAGCAGUGGAGAAGAUCUGCCGGGAGUUCUCCGGACAGUGCUGCAUUCACAAGCCCCUGGGAGCAGGAGGAGCAGGAGGUGGGGUAGGUAGAGGGGAAGCGGUAGAAGGAACGGAGGCCCAGCAGAUCCCUGAGGUUUCCUCCUCCACUCUGCCUGGAGCUCCAUCCUCCUCCACGCCUCCCUGCUCCUCCUGCCGGGGGCAGACCACCGGAGGAGGCUACCAGUGCAGUGUGUGUACCUCCUGUACUCUGUGCGAGCCCUGCAGUUUCUCUCACGAUCCCAGUCACAACCUGGUGAGAGCCAGGACUCCUCUGUCCAUCCCAGAACACGGAUCGCCUGCUCCAGAUCACAGCAGAUUCUACAGGCGAGGCGACCGCAGUUUCCGAAAGGCGGAGAAGCAGCGGCUGAAAGCAGAGAAACGCCUGCUGAAGGCCGAGGUCAAAGAGAUCCGGAAACAGCUGAGAAUGGAGAGACGGGGCAUCCAGUGGAGCUCCUCCCACCGAGAUGGAAGCUCCUCCCCUGUCCUUCUGCAGCCUCGAGCCACCCAGCACAACAGCCCUGAGCGUCCAAAGCGUCCCUGUCCCCUGGUGGUUCCGGCCAUGACGGCUGCAUUUCUGGACGAGAACCUUCCCGAUGGAACCCGACUUCGUCCAGCAACCAAGUUUAUCAAGUACUGGAAGAUGAGGAACACUGGAACAAUCUCCUGGAGCGCCGAUACUAAGCUGAAGUUCAUGUGGGGAAACCUGGCGGUGGGUUCCGGGGACCGUUGGAGAGAAGUGUCUGUUCCCUUCCUCCAGCCAGGACAGGUCGGUAUAGUGAGUGUAGCGCUGUGUGCUCCCACCGUGGAGGGCUCCUACACCUCCCACUGGCGUUUGGCCCACGCCGGAGAGCAGUUUGGACCCAGGGUCUGGUGCAGCAUCGUGGUCGAUCCUCAGGCCCCAGCGCCCAUGAUGGCUGAUGGGAUACUGGUGUCACCGUGUGUCACACCGCAGGGUAAGAACCCAGCGGCAAAGGAUGGAAAAGCCUGUGCGACUAGGGAGCAGCCGUUAAUGUCAGUGGACCAAGAAGAAUACUACAUCCCCUCUGUGGACCUGCUCACUGCACAGGAUCUUCUGUCUUUCGAGCUGUUGGACAUCAACAUCGUCCAAGAGUUGGAGAGUGCCCCAAACAACACCCCUGCUGACAUGACUCCCUGCAUGUCCCCUCUGCCUCAAGAGGGCCACCUGCAGGACAAGAGCAGUCCCUCUUUGGGUCUCAUCCAGGAAGAGACUGAAGCGAUCAACAGCAUCAUGGAUGUCCCUCACGGGGCAGGAUCUGGAGCAGAGGGGGGUGGAAUCCCGGCUCAGGAGGAAGGGGAGGAUGACAUCAGCGGGACUCAGUUUGUUUGUGAGACCGUGAUUCGCUCAAUGACCCUGGAGGAGGCCCCCGACCACGCCCCUCUGAGAGGGUCCCGCCCAGGGACGGGUAAAGUGGUGCGUCCAGCUGCUCAGGGCUCUUCCUCCUCCUCCUCCUCCUCCUCCUCAUCUUGUGUGAAGAGUAAAACAGUGAAAACAGAGGAGAGCCCAGACAGCAGCCCCAGCAGCUCUAAACACCCCCUGAAACCACCAGCGACGCUGAAGGCUUCCCUCCCUCACCCGCUGAAAGACUCCCUGCCCGCUCCCCUGUCUGCGGCCCCGAACCCGGGACCCGGCCCCAGCUCAGCACCGACCCCACUCCGCGCUCCGCACGGGUCCUCCCCACUGCAGGAGCACACAACCACAGUCGAAGGUGAGGAGUCGCACAUGGAUAAUAUCCGUGUGGAGUCCAGGGCGAAGGAGAGAGAGAAGGGGCCGGAGGAGCUGAAGGAGAAAGAGGGAGAGGAGAAGAGAGAAGGGACGAGGAGCCGCUCCUCUUCCACCUCCUCAGAGGAUUACAUCAUCAUCCUCCCCGACUGCUUUGACACCAGUCGGCCACUGGGGGAGUCCAUGUACAGCUCCGCUUUAUCCCAGCCUGGUGACAUCCCAGCCAAGAGCCCCACAGACACAGAAACCCCAUCUCCCGACUACCCAGGCAGUUCCACCCCAGAGGGGGAGCUGGGCGAGGGGGACGAAGCGGCGGCGGCGUUGGCUCCAGGGAUGGGGGUGUCGGGCACAAGCAGCGCCAACGACAUGCUUUGUACAUCUCAGACGCUGGACGACGAACCGUUGACACCCGAAGUGGUGGCGCCACCUAAAGUCGUCGUCAUACCAAGUCCAGGGAGCGAUGGAGAAACAGAUGUUGACCGUGUUGCUGCCGAGGAAGGAGCCGAGGGCUCUGCGCUGUACCAAACGGAGGACGCCUCUGGUCCUGAUCAAACUCAGACAGAUGGUACUGAAGCUACUGAAGACACAGAGGGAGACAACCCAGAGGACCCCAGGCACCCAGGCAUCACCAGCGGCCUGGUGAAAGGAGCUCUGUCAGUAGCUGCUUCUGCCUACAAAGCUCUGUUCACUGGACAAGGCCCCACACAGCCUCCGGUGGACGCGUCCACCCAGGACACCAUGAUGGCCGUGCUGGUGGAGAUGGGUUUCGGGGACCGGCCGCUGAACCAGCGGCUGCUGAGGAAAUACAACUACAACCUGCUGGACGUGGUCAACGAGCUCGUUCAGAUGACUGACAAUGACUGGUACUCGACACGCUACUGACAGGAGAGAGAGAGAUAGAGAUAGAGAGGAAGAGGAGAAAAGGAGAGCGAGAAAGAGAUGAAACAAGAAAUAACGGAUGAAGAGAGAAGAGGAGGAAAGAUUGGGAGGGGGAGAAAUUCAUUUCGGCUCAUCUACCUUUUUUUCGCCUUCCUCCUUCUGCCCAUCUCUCCUCUGAUUUGUCCAGUUGGACGGAGAUCCAAUCUUCUCUAUGACCAUAUUUAAGGAGAAAUUCCAGCAAACUCUCUGGGAUAUUGUUGUAGAGCAUCAAACACCCACUUGUCUGUAUAGUGUUACUUUCAGCUUAGGUCUCGAUAGUGGGGCAGGGCAACAGCUUUGCAUAGGAAUUUAAGAGAGAUGAAGAAAGAGACAUGUCUUAAAAAUUGCAAAGGAGCUAUGUGUAGCAUUUAGCAUUUCUCAAAAUUAAGACCACAUAUCCCCAUGAGGCUCCAUUUGUUCUGAAAAGCAAGGAGUAAAAGCUGGUCAGUAACAGCAAAUAUGUAUUUUAACGUGACACAGUAUGCUAUUGUGAAGUUGUGUUACCUUCAAAUACCAAACAGCUCCACUUCCAUGCUGCAAAGUAACAAAUUUUACAGAUGGCGUAAGAUGCAGCUCAGUGGCUAGCCGAGGUAAAUGUUCCCACAUCAAAAUUAUCGUGGUUAUGAUUUGUUAGCGUUGAAAUACUACACAUACCACAUUCCUGCUUUGCCCUUUUUUACCUGCGACACUAAUGAAGUGCAAAGCAGUGAGAUAAUAUCAAGUAUCUGCUCUGAGAACGAUAGUGGGGUAGAUCCACAUCACAGGUCACUUUGGUAUCACUUUAGUCAGAGCAUGUGUUAGGCAGUCACAGAUUGGAAAUCCACAUUGAAGUUAUGGUGUAUACUUUUUGCCAUACACCAAACAAGCUCAGAGCUCCGAUAUACUUCCUUUUAACUGCAUAUUUGUGUGAGCAUGAUGGUUUCCUUUUGGAGCGUCUGUUGUGUGCAUCCUCAAACGUUAUAUAUCGCUACACAUUCCACAAGAUAACAGCUAAGCUAUGUGAAUCUAAUAGAGCCGGUUGCUGCUUUUAAUGCCAUAAUCUCAACAAUCUACAAAAUAGUCAAUUCGGGGGAGUGUCGCCAUGUUAAGUUCUGUUUACAUUGUGCAAUAUCCAAAGUUCCCUAAUGAAGAUUUUCCAGUGUUGGCCAAGAAUGAUUUGGACCUAUAAUCUGCCUCAGAGUUCAGGUUACAAAUAGCCUGGCUUUUAGCAGAACUCUAUAGGCCCACUUGACAUAGGGGUUUGGGCCAGUCGGGGUUUGGUGAUUUUAAAGAGUAAUUUAUUAAGAAAAUGUUCUCUUUCUUACUCUGGCUGUGCCAGUUUACUGAAUUCAUAUGUGUCAAACAGUAGAUAUGCAAAGAGUGCGGCAAUGCGUUGCAUUAGUCUGGCAAGAUAGACUUCGGUUCUUGGCUUGGGUCCUGGUCUCAAAUUCGGCAUGAUCAGUUGGGUUCAGUCAGGUCUUGGGCUUAAAGAUGCGGGUACGAGCCUGGUUCAAGUCUCAGCUUUAGGCCUGUGUAGUAGUGUACUACUCCCUGUACCCCCUUGAAUAUACUUUUUGAUCAUCCAGGUUAGGGUUGGGGCAGGACGUGGCGAUAUACACCAUGAGUCAAUACAAAGAGAUUUUUCAGAGUGAAGCAUCUUUUUAAUGUCUACCGAUGUGUUAGGCUUGUUGUCGCGGGCUUUGUUGCAAAUCGACGAGCAGGACCGUUUUCAUGACAAUCUUAGAUUAGUGUGUGAUGUGACUCGCAAUGAAUGUGAGCAGUAAGAAAAAUACCUUCAUUCGCCAGGUAUUUAGAUCACUGUAUUAGCCGAAAGCAGGCGCCAUCUGGUCAUUUUAUCUUUAAGCAAUUUUUCAAUUGAUUGAUUAUUGGAAAAUCUUGUUACAUUUAUCAAUAUUGUGAUAUAGAAUUACAUAUACCCCCCUAAUCACUAGUACUGUAUGCAGGCGUUGGAGCCACAUGUCUAUGCAUUCAUGUUGGUAAAAAGCAAGUAUAUGAUGAUCCUUAGAGCUUAGAGCAAAGCGAUUGUCUGUGCUCGAUUAGGUUCAAAUAUCUUAUUAUUAUUAUUGUUGUUUUAUAACUUAUGUCCAUAUCACUGGAGCAUAUAAAGGGUUUCCACACACCUUA